ACAGCCCCGUGUGACUCCAGAGGGUGAGUACAUUCCACUGGACCACCAGGAUGUGGAUGUUGGCUUUGACGGCGGCACUGAUCGCAUCUUCCUCGUAUCCCCCAUUACCAUUGUGCACGAGAUUGACUCAGCCAGUCCACUGUAUGAGCUGGGGCGAGCGGAACUGGCCCGGGCUGACUUUGAGCUGGUGGUUAUUCUUGAAGGUAUGGUUGAGGCCACAGCCAUGACUACACAGUGCCGCUCAUCUUACCUCCCAGGUGAGCUGCUCUGGGGCCAUCGCUUUGAGCCAGUCCUCUUCCAGCGUGGCUCCCAGUAUGAGGUUGAUUAUCGCCACUUCCAUCGAACAUACGAGGUCCCCGGGACACCAGUCUGCAGUGCCAAGGAGCUGGAUGAACGGGCAGAACAGGCUUCCCACAGCCCUAAGUCAAGUUUUCCUGGUUCCCUCGCUGCAUUUUGUUAUGAGAAUGAACUUGCUCUGAGCUGCUGCCAGGAAGAAGAGGAAGAUGAGGACUUGAAGGAGGGGACUUCAGCAGAGACCCCAGAUAGGGCUGCCAGCCCCCGAGCUCUUACACCACUGACCCUGCCUCCAUGACACAGCUGAGGUCCACUUCCCCAAGUUGAUAGGGAUGGAGAGCUGGCAGCCUCUGUUGGGAGUAGAGCAGGGGUUUCUAAGGACCAGUGGCCUGCUGGGACAACCAUUAACCAUGAGGUUGUGUGCCACAGAUAAUACCAGACCUUCGUUUCUCUGCUCCAUUCUCACUCUCAAGACCCCCCUUAUGAGCUGUUUUCCUGAGUCUUACCAGAACUGAGGGAUCCAGAUUUCUGGACCAUCCAAGAGGCAAGGCAUGGAGGCUGGAUUCUUGUUAGAUACACAGCUGCAGGGUGGAAAGUGUCAAUUUACACAGGUGAAGAAACAAAGACUCAAGUGAUGAUGGCCUUGCUACCCUCAGGAAGAAGGGCAGAGUACUCCAAGUAUUGGGGAUUGUCAUGAUUGACCGAAGACAGACUGGUGACUGGACUGUGUUUGAAGAAAAGACCUGGUGGCUCCAGAAAGCCCAAGAGUUGAGAUUCUCUGAGUCUAGGUUGACAUUGGGGAUUCUAGAACAGGUUGGCUACAGAGUGGAAGUGCUCCAGGAAUUACAAAGCUAUUUCUAGAAUACACAGAACAUUGGUAGGUGUGAGUUUGGAAGGACACUCUGGAGUACUGGCUGGUUAGAGUUCAACUGAGGGGGUGAGUCUAGCUUCCCCAUGAUCCACAGGGUAAAUUUUGUAUUUGUUUGAAGUGCCAUUCUUAGAACAUCCAAAGGAAUCAGGAUUCCAUGGUUCAAGGUUGGUCAGAGUCUGGGUAGCAGUCUCGAUGUCUGUGCUUUGCUGGCUCCACUUUGCCCAGCAGUGCUUAAAAAUCUCUUGUGACCUUUGGUGACUUCCUGUGGUUCUGUAAUGCCAAAAGGAAUCAAAGCACCAGGGGCCCAGAGCUGUCCUUUCCCAAAGGCUGUAUGUCCUGGUCACCUUCAGGUGGACAUCCUGGUAGUUCUAGGAAGCACUCUUCUGGGCGGAGCUUGCAAGCAAGAGCCUAGAGGGUCACAGGGCUAACUAGGGGGCAAGGGAAGGGAGAGGCUGAGGCUGGUGAGCCUAAAAUAUUCUGGAAUACUAUACCUAGUGAUGUGUGUCUGUUUCUCAAAAAUAUUAUACAUAUGUGUACUAUAUAUGAUAUAAAUACAGAUCUCUGUCUU